CUUUUCGUACGAGAUACGGUCACUUCGAGUUUGUGGUUAUGCCGUUUGGCCUCAGUAAUGCCCCGGCAGUAUUCAUGGACUUGAUGAUCCGUGUAUUUCAUCCUUUUCUCGACCAGUUCGUUAUUGUCUUCAUCGAUGAUAUUCUUAUUUAUUCCAAGAGCCAGAAGGAGCACGAGGAGCACCUGAGGGCCGUUCUUUCGACCCUUAGACGCGAGAAGUUAUAUGAAAAAUUCUCCAAGUGCGAAUUUUGGCUUCAGCGAGUGGCUUUUCUUGGUCACAUUAUUACGUCAGCAGGUAUUGAAGUUGAUCCUUCCAAAAUUGCUGCAGUCCAGAAUUGGUCAGCACCGAAGAAUCCAUCCGAGGUUCGUAGUUUCCUCGGCCUUGCAGGUUAUUAUCACAGAUUUAUCGAGGGGUUCUCGAAGAUUGCACUCCCUUUGUCUCAGUUGACGAGGAAGUCUGUAAAGUUCGAGUGGAAAGACCAUUGUGAGUCGAGUUUUCAGGAGCUGAAAAGGAGGCUUAGGACGGCACCGGUGUUGACUAUUCCAGAUCCUUCUCGGAGCUUCACCAUCUAUAGUGAUGCUUCGAGGCAGGGUUUGGGAUGUGUACUUAUGCAAGAUGGCCAGGUCGUUGCUUAUGCGUCACGCCAGCUUAAAACACAUGAACAGAACUAUCCGACGCACGACUUGGAGUUAGCUGCAGUUGUUCAUGCCCUCAAGAUUUGGCGACACUAUCUGUACGGCGGUCAAUGCGAAAUCUUUACUGAUCAUAAGAGCUUGCAGUAUAUCUUUACUCAGAAGGAGCUCAACAUGAGGCAGCGCCGUUGGUUAGAGCUCGUCAAGGAUUACGAUUGUACAAUCCAGUAUCAUCCGGGAAAGGCGAAUGUUGUUGCUGAUGCCCUAAGCCGCAAGUUUUCCCGGAUGCAGAUCCAGCUGGUUGAUGCACUUCCUACAGCCAGUUUGGGAAGUGUGAAUUCCAUGCAGGUUCAGCCGACGCUGAGGGAGAGAAUCCGGCAAGAGCAGGCUUCAGAUGAGUUUAUUCGUACGAUUGAUGGCAAGGUUCAUGCCGGAGGCGUCGAGGGUUUUCACCGAGGCACUGAUGGGGCCUUGGAGUUUCGUGGCAGGAUUGUGGUGCCUAAAGUCGAAGCAUUGAGAAAGGAAAUUCUAUCUGAGGCUCAUACCGCACCUUAUCUAGCCCAUCCAGGAAGUACAAAAAUGUACCAUGACUUGAAAGGGGCGCUUUGGUGGAAAGGAUUGAAGAAAGACGUGGCCGACUUUGUAAGAAGAUGUUUAACCUGUCAGCAAGUCAAGGCCGAGCAUAAGA